AUGAUGAACUCGCUGCUGUUCGGGGAGAUGGCCUUGGCCUUCGGCUGCCCGCCCGGCGGCGGUGGCGGCGGCUGCCCGGGUGGCGGCGGCGGGGGAGGCGGCGGCGGCGGCGGGGCCGGGCCGGGCCCUUCUCCCGUGACAGCGGCGCUGCGGGACGACCUGGGCUCCAACAUCCACCUCCUCAAGGGGCUCAACGUGCGCUUCCGCUGCUUCCUGGCCAAGGUGCACGAACUGGAGCGGCGCAACCGGCUGCUGGAGAAGCAGCUGGAGCAGCAGCAGAGCGAGCGCGAUCGGCGGCUGCGCUACAAGACCUUCUCCCGCGAGCAGGCCGUGCAAACCGGGCCCGAGCUGCUGCGGGGCUCCGCAGCCCGGGGCGGCGGGCCGGGUUGCUGCGGGGCCUCGGCAGCCCCCGGCGUCAACGCCAACGCCAACGCCAACAACGCCAACGCCGCGGCCCUGGGCGGCUCGCACCCGCAGCACUACGGCCGGCUGCCCGGGACCAUCUGGAGCUACACGCAGGUGCGGCGCACGGGCGGCGGCGGCGUGGAGACGGUGCAGGGCCCCGGCGUGUCGUGGGUGCACCCCGACGGCGUGGGGGUGCAGAUCGACACCAUCACGCCCGAGAUCCGCGCGCUCUACAACGUGCUGGCCAAGGUGAAGCGAGAACGCGACGAGUACAAGAAGAGAUGGGAAGAAGAACUGGCCAAGCGCAUGAACCUGCAGACUAUGGUGGACACGCUGCAGGAGGCGGCUCAGGAGGCUGAAGCUAUCCAAGAGGAGAUGAACGAGAAGAUUGAGCGGCUCAAGGCCGAGCUGGUGGUGUUUAAGGGGCUCAUGAGUGAUCCCAUGACUGACCUGGACACAAAGAUCCAAGAAAAGGCCAUGAAGGUGGACAUGGACAUCUGCCGCCGCAUCGACAUCACGGCCAAGCUGUGCGAUGUCGCACAGCAGCGGAACUCAGAAGACGUGUCCAAGAUCUUCCAGGUGGUCCCCAAGAAAAAAGAACGAAAGGUGACAUCGGAGGAGGACACCUCUGAGCAGGAUGGAGAGGUGACUCGGUUCUCGGAUGAUGAGGUCGGCUCCAUGAACAUCACCGAUGAGAUGAAGCGCAUGUUUAACCAGCUGCGUGAGACCUUUGACUUUGACGACGACUGCGACAGUCUGACGUGGGAAGAGAACGAGGACACACUGCUGCUGUGGGAGGACUUCACCAACUGCAACCCCUCCAUUGACCUGCAGGGCGAACAAGAGGAAAACCUGGGCAACUUGAUCCAUGAGACGGAAUCUUUCUUCAAGACGAGAGACAAGGAGUAUCAGGAGACGAUAGGCCAGAUUGAGCUGGAGCUGGCCACAGCCAAGAGUGACAUGAACCGGCACUUGCACGAAUACAUGGAAAUGUGCAGCAUGAAGCGUGGUUUGGAUGUGCAGAUGGAGACCUGCCGCCGACUCAUCAAAGGCUCUGCAGACAGGAACUCACCUUCCCCCAGCUCGGUGGCCAGCAGCGAUUCAGGAAGCACAGAUGAGAUCCAGGAUGAAUUUGAGCGGGAGGCAGAUGUGGAGCCCAUGGUCAGCUGAUGACUGAAGCAGUCCUCUGUGCCUCAGGGGUCUUGGUGAUGGGGCCUCUGAACCCCGCUUCCAUGGGGGUCAGGAAGGCUUCUCCAAAUGGGGCGCCAGUAUUCACCCUAUAGACUUUUAUAUCCUCUCUUGUCUGGAGGCCCAAGGAACCGCUGCUUCCUUCUUCCUUCCUCGCCCCCACAGGCAACCAGUGCCCCUUCUCCACCCUCUCCCCCAAGGAAUGGUGCUGUCAAUUUCUAUUGUUCUCCACAUCACAAAUGCAGACUUUGGUGGGGACGAUACAGUGGUAACUGUGCCUUUUCCCUUAAGCUGAGCCAUGUUGAGCUCCAAAGAAUUAUUCCUAGCAGGUGUUUUUUUUAUACAAAACUCUAAAACAAAGGCCGGAGUCCUGAGCUUGGCAUAAUGUGAUUUUUCUACCCUCCCACAUGCACCUCUGAUUGGCCGAGAGUGAUGCCCUCCCUUUUUCUGCCAGCCAGCUCCGAUGGAUGGAGCUGAGCUUGGGGUGGUCUGCCAACCCCACACCCAGCCCAGGCAGGAGCUGUUUGCUUCUACAACCUUUCCAGGCCUGGGUGGGAACCGCUCAGGAAUUUGACUUGGAGAAAAGAUGGGAGGAGGGAGGAAAGACAAAAUUUUCUUUUUUCUUUUUUUUUGGAUUGAAUGGCAAAGCAGAGGGACAAGGUACUGUGGGGGAAGUGGAGCCUCAUUGUGUUUAAACUACUAUGCAAAAAAAAAAAAAAAACCCAAAAAACAAAAAACAAA